AUGGUGCCUGUACACUUACUGGCAACAGUCUUAUUAUACUACGACUAUGCAGGUAGUCCCACAACCGACUUGGUGUGUUACUUCACCAACUGGGCGCAGUACAGACCAGGCACGGGAAGGUACAUGCCUGAAAAUGUGGACCCCCACCUGUGCACUCACCUGAUCUAUGCCUUUGCUGUCAUCAAUGACGCCCACCAGCUGGUCACCUACGAGUGGAACGAUGAGACACUUUAUACGUCUUUCAAUGGCCUCAAAGCAAGGAAUCCCAGUUUGAAAACUCUGUUAGCUGUGGGUGGAUGGAACUUUGGCACAGCUAAGUUCUCCAGUAUGGUGUCCACAGCAGCCAACAGGCAGACCUUCAUCCAGUCUUCCAUCAGCUUCCUGAGGACUCAUGGCUUCGAUGGGCUGGACCUGGACUGGGAGUACCCUGGAUCCCGCGGCAGCCCCCCAGAGGACAAGCAGAGAUUCACUCUGCUCUGCAAGGAGCUUCGUGAGGCGUAUGAGGCUGAGGGGAGCAGCACUGGACGUCCACGUCUGAUGGUCACCGCCGCAGUGGCAGCAGGGAAGGGCACCAUCGACAAAGGCUACGAGAUCGCAGAAAUAGCCAAGUACCUGGACUUCAUCAGUGUGAUGACGUAUGACUUCCAUGGGACAUGGGAGAGUGUGACUGGCCACAACAGCCCUCUGUUCAAGGGCUCACAGGACACGGGAGACAUGGAGUACUUCAAUAUUGACUAUGCCAUGACGUACUGGAGGAACCAGGGGGCCCCUGUGGAGAAGCUGAGGAUGGGCUUUGCCACCUACGGCCGCACCUUCCGCCUGUCGUCCGCAGACACGGGCGUUGGAGCCCCCGCCAGCGGUGCGGCCUCUGCCGGAACCUACACCAGGGAGGCUGGCUUCUGGUCCUACUACGAGGUUUGUUCUUUCCUACAAGGAGCCACUUCUCAGUGGAUAGAUGAUCAAAAAGUGCCCUAUGCUUUUAAAGGAACUGAAUGGGUUGGAUACGACAAUAAGGACAGUUUUUCAAUAAAGGUCCAGUACCUCAAGAGUAAAGGGUUUGGAGGGGCUUUCAUCUGGGCUCUGGACCUGGAUGACUUCGCUGGCCAGUUCUGUGGACAGGGAAACUACCCCCUGCUCAGCCACCUGAAAGACCUCCUGAAUACCACUGAGAUGUCCCACAUCAACGCAGACACCUGCAGUCCUCCAUGCACCAGUACUCCAAGUGACCCAGGCGCCACUGCCCCUGCACCAUCCUCCACUGCCCCUGCGGCAACCUCCAGUGACCAUGCGCCAGACCCCAGCGCACGCUCCAAGUCACCUGGAACCGUUCACGCUCCCGUGUCCUCCGCUUCGAACCGUGUCCUCACGGAUCCUGUGCUGCAGUCACAGGGAGACGUAGUACACGCGCUUAAUAAUGUCACUGCCGAAUUGCGCAAUGUCACAGCUGAAUUGCGCAACAUGCGAGGCGUGUUGGCCGACCUUUCUUUGGCAGUUAAAGAUUUUAAAAAGUAGGGUAGAGUAACUUUAUUAAUCCCAAGUAGCCUGUGUCUGCAGAUGACCCUCACCUCCACGACCGCCUAGAUCUCUCAGAUUAUCUCUUGGCCAUAUGUGUUCAGAUCUGCAAACUCUUCCUUUCUUUUUCUUCCUCUAAUCUGUUUGUAUCCCAGUCAGUCAAACUAAAAGGGAGUUUUUCCUCAUCCCUGUUGUCUUAGGAUUGUUAUGACAUUUUUUUUAUUCCAUAAUUUUUUAACUUCUGAGCUAGUCACCUGGCAUACCUUAAACCUUUAACCAAACUGUGAAAGCACAUUGGGUUCAAGGUCUUGUAUGGCUUGUGCUACAAACAUUAAGUUAUUAUUUUUGUGCCUUACCUGUCCG